GUUAGGGGGAGAGGACUUCGGGCGCCAUUUUCUCAGUGCAGCCCUCUCUCUCUCACACACACGUACACGGCGCGCCGAGUCACACACGGAUCGCCAGGCUGAAAGCUCCGCUGACAUGGCAGACUACUCCACCGUCCCUCCGCCCAACGCGGGCUCUGCCGCGGUCGCCAACGACGCCUUCAAGGAUGCGCUGCAGAGAGCGAGACAGAUUGCAGCAAAAAUUGGAGGCGAAGCUGGACCACCAGCUAACACCAAUGACUAUGGCUUUUCUGGGCAGAAGAGGCCACUGGAUGACGGAGGUGCGUUUCUAGAUGAGGAACUUGCUUCAUAUUCACAUCAACCAGAAGCAAAGAAAGUUGCUCCUACCAAUGAUUCGUUCCAGCAAGCAAUGCCUCCCAUGCACCAGCAACAGAGGGCUGUUCUAACAGAGGAGUACAAAGUUCCAGAUGGAAUGGUUGGAUUCAUCAUUGGCAGAGGCGGUGAACAGAUAUCCCGCAUUCAGCAAGAUUCUGGAUGCAAGAUACAGAUUGCACCAGAUAGUGGAGGCAUGCCCGACAGAUCCUGCAUGUUAACAGGCUCUCCUGAUUCUGUCCAAGCUGCAAAGAGACUACUGGAUCAGAUAGUGGAAAAGGGACGGCCUUCACCUUACCAUCACGGAGACGGCCCAGGAAAUUCAGUUCAGGAAAUUAUGAUUCCAGCCAGUAAAGCUGGUUUGGUUAUUGGAAAAGGAGGAGAGACAAUUAAGCAGCUGCAGGAGCGCACAGGUGUUAAAAUGGUGAUGAUUCAAGAUGGACCUCAGAACACAGGAGCAGAUAAGCCAUUAAGAAUUACUGGGGAUCCGUACAAAGUACAGCAAGCAAAAGAUAUGGUAUUAGAAUUAAUUCGUGACCAAGGAGGUUUCAGGGAAUCAAGGAAUGAGUACGGUUCAAGACUAGGUGGUGGCGGCGGCGGUGGCAAUGAAGGCAUAGAUGUCCCAAUAGCGCGAUUUGCAGUUGGAAUUGUUAUUGGUAGAAAUGGUGAAAUGAUCAAGAAAAUUCAGAACGAUGCAGGUGUUAGAAUACAGUUUAAACCAGAUGAUGGAUCAACUCCAGAAAGAAUAGCACAAAUUACUGGUCCUCCAGACGGGUGUCAGCAUGCAGCAGAUAUCAUAACAGAUUUACUCCGUAAUGUCCAGUAUGGAAAUGGUGGUGGUCCCGGUCCAGGUGGAAGGGGAAGGGGCAGAGGACAAGGAAACUGGAACAUGGGCCCUCCAGGCGGACUUCAGGAAUUUAAUUUCUUUGUCCUGACAGUAAAAACUGGACUCAUCAUUGGAAAAGGUGGUGAAACUAUUAAAGGUAUAAGCCAACAGUCAGGUGCCAGGAUAGAGCUUCAAAGGAACCCUCCACCCAAUUCUGACCCAAACAUGAAGAUGUUUACUAUUCGUGGCACACCACAGCAGAUAGAUUAUGCAAGGCAACUUAUUGAAGAAAAGAUAGGCGGUCCAGUAAAUCCGUUAGGUCCUCCAGUUCCUCAUGGCCCACCAGGUGGUGUACCUGGACCCCAUGGACCUCCAGGACCCCCCGGCCCCGGGCAACCAAUGGGACCCUACAACCCUCCACCAUAUACUCCUGGUCCCCCAGGACCAGCACCCCAUGGUCCUCCUGCUCCUUACGCACCUCAAGGCUGGGGCAAUACAUACCCCCACUGGCAGCAGCCAGCACCAGCAGAUCCAAGUAAAGCAGGAACAGACCCCAAUUCUGCAGCUUGGGCAGCUUAUUAUGCUCACUAUUACCAACAGCAAGCACCCCAACCACCUGCAGCUCCAUCUGCUGGACCUACUGCAACCCAAACUAAUGGACAAGUUGAACCCCCAGCUGCUCCUCAAGCUGGACAAGUGGACUACACAAAAGCUUGGGAAGAGUAUUACAAAAAAAUGGGUCAGCAAGCACCACAACAAGAUUAUUCCAAAGCAUGGGAAGAAUACUAUAAAAAGCAAGGGCAAGCGGUUCCAGCUGCAGGUGCUGUUCCACCUGCUGGUCAACCAGAUUACAGUGCUGCUUGGGCAGAGUACUACAGACAACAGGCAGCAUAUUAUGCUCAGACAAGUCCACAACCAAUGCCACAGCACCCUCCGGCACCACAGGGCCAAUAAUGCGAAGCGGACAGUACAGUAUUUGCUUCAUUGUGUUGGGGAAAACCUUUGUUAAAUGUUUGGAUGCAGACGCCUUGAUGAAGAUCUUAAUUUUUGUUUGGUUUAAGAAAAAAAAAAAAGGUUUUGAAAAAUGUACAUAAACUAUCACUACUGACUGACAGGAGGCUAUAUUUCUGUGUAGAAAUGAAAAAUUUGGUUUGUUUUUAGUCUAUUAGUGUAGAUGUACACAUUCCAGCAAAUGUAUUUGCAAUUAUUAUGUGGUCAAUGCUUUGUGAUACAAAUGUACUUUUUCAAUGUAUACUUUAUCACUUUUAAAAUGCCUGUUUUGUGCUUUACAAUAAAUAAUAUGAAACCUCCUGUGUCGGUAAGUUGGAUAUGUGAGUAUUUAAAUGAGAACCUGUUUUUUUUUUUUUUUUUUUUUUUUUUUUCUUUCCGUUUUUGAAUGCUUUAAAAAGGACGUAUUGCAUAGGAAGAGUCUGAAGUCUUUUAUAACUAAAAACAAUGGUUAAAUUUUUUUCAUUGACUUAUUUCCUUAGAAAGUUGAGUUUUACGAUUAUGACUUGUAGACAGCAUUGCCUCUACUUGCAUGUAUAUAAUUUUAUAGCAGACAAAUUCCACUGCAUUAUCUAGUGACCACUGUUCACACUUGUAAAGGUGUCUCUCCUCAAACCAGUUUCAGUUUUUAUGCGCUUGUUUUUGUUUUUUCAUAAAUUGACUUAUUUACUUAC